AGGUUGUUUUUAUGGGUGUUUGGAUGUAUGUAAUCUCCCGCCAAAGUUACAGUCUGUACAUAAACUUUAUAAUCAUACCAUAUCUAAUCAUAUAAUUUUAUAUGCACAACUACACCCUGCGAUCAUUUACUAAGCCAAGCAGCUGGAACUGCAGCCGACAGACAGACUGUGUGUACCGCUGCCUCUGUGUGUGUUUUUAUGGGUGGAGACAAGAGGUCCUCCUCCAAAAUAUAUUCAGACAGACAACAAAGUCAGCUUAACCGCCUCCAGCAGCAGCAGCAGCUACAUCACCAUACAGGCCGUGAAUCCUGCACAUGAUCCGGGUCACUUUAGUUCUGUGAGUCCCGCUGACACGGUACACUACAUCGGAGUCUGCUAACAAAUCAAGAGAGAUGAGUCAGGCGGAGCAGGUGCCUGAGGACGGGCCUGCAUACCUCAAUGAUGAGCCUGCAGCUACAGACAACAACAAGGACCACCCACAGACACAGCCGGGCAUGUUCGGCAGGUUGGCGGGGGGCUUGUACGGCGCCACCAAGGGAGCUUUAGGAGCGACGGUGGGUGGUGUGACCUGGAUAGGAGGAAAGAGUCUGGAUCUCACCAAGAGUGCCGUCAGCACUGUAGCCGCUGUGCCAGGGAUGGGAGUGGGGCUGGUUAAAGGAGGAGUGUGCGCUGUAGCUGGAGGAGUGACUGCUGUCGGCUCUGCGGUGGUCAACAAAGUUCCCAUAGGAGGAUGCAAAAAGAAGGACAAGUCUGACUGAAGUGAAGAGUGUGAACACACACAGCCCACACUGUGUUUGCCUGUUUUAGCAUUCAUGAGCAGGAAAAGAGCAACAGAGGACUCAAAAGAUACACAUUUUGGUGAGGGGUCUGCGCUUUGUUUUCCUUUUUAGUUUCUGUUUAUUUUUACGUGAUUGUUGGUAAACCCACGUUCGUAUAUGAGUAUGUGGCAAGGACCUACAGUACAAAGCAAGAACUAAACAAAGACUGUCCUGCUCUGUUGUUCAAGGAAAACACACCAAACUAUUAUCACCUGUGCCUGAAAUUGUUACAAUAAAAUAUCCAUGUUUCUGGAUCCAUAAUAGGCCACAACAAUGCUGUUUUCACUGCAAACUGUUGCAUUUUUCAGAGGAGCAAAACUCAGUGUGAAUGCACUUAAAUUUCACUUGCGAGACAAUCAAUGAUGAUCCAUAACUGACGUGAAGAUGUUUCUUGGGUUGGCAGUGUCAGAAAAUGUGUGCAGUGUAAUAAAAAAAAUCACCUUCCUGUUCAGUUAAUUCUGUUAGUUCAGGAUCCACAAAUGAACAGAUGUUUGAGAAAUACAGUCCAGUUUAAUAUAUCACCCACUUACUGGCUGUGUAUAUUUCACUGGUGAAAUCACGCCACCCUCUGGUGGUUAUGCGCUCACCUCAGUUGAAGGUAUCUUGUACUUGGAUACAGAAUCUGAUUUAUUGCAAUAAAUACUGUGUCACAGUAUAAAAGUAAGAGUAUUUUAUUACACUUAUUUUGACUAAAUCUAUGUUUUGAUAUGUGACAUCUCAAAUAAAAUAUGAGAACUAUAACAUCUCUCUGUGCGCUUUUGGACAGAGAAGCUUCAUGAAUCUCUCCUACUUACUCAAAGCAUUAAACAUUCCCAACCAAUGCUCCUCCAAAUCAAUGGGAUCACUGUGUCUACUCUAAGGAUCUGAUGGCUGGACUUUACAAUAUUUUAAGCUGACAAAUUUGUACAUUUAAAGUACAUUUAAUAUAAAAUAUAAAAAUACCUUUUUGUAAAAUGCAAUUCAACCCUUAUAUGAUGGAAGAUUUCAAAGCUUUUGUUUUAUCAGUGUUGCAGAGGAUUUGUUGAAGUUUGCUGAACAGCAAGAAUUUAUUGAAACUUUUCAAUAUUAUAUUCAUAACUUGUUGAAAUAAAAGAUGCUAAAGGUUG